GUUAAAGUGCGGCGAACCCGUGACCGGUAGCGCCGCUCCACUCAGUGCCCGCGCGCCUACUACCUCACCUGCGCGCACGCGGCUCUCCCGCGCGCGCACCCCCCCACACAUGGCGCGACUGGGCGGUUGUUGGGCUUUUCUGUGUCGGUGUUUCUUCCAGUACGAGACUCCGAAAAUCCUGCUGAUCCGGAGCAAGAAAGUGGGGGCCCUCAAUCGUUUGGUCCAGGCUCUUAUCCUUGCGUACGUGAUCGGGUACGUGUGCGUGCUGAAGAAGGGCUACCAGGACACUGACUCGGUCCUCAGCUCCGUGACCACCAAGGUGAAAGGCGUUGCGCUGACCAACUCCAGCCAGCUGGGUCUGCGCGUCUGGGAUGUGGCCGACUACGUCAUCCCUCCUCAGGUACUGAAAGAGCCUGAGAAGGACGAGGAGGAAAGUUCAUUUUUUGUGAUGACCAACCUGAUCGUCACCAUGAACCAGACGCAGACCCGCUGCCCAGAGCUGCCAAGUUCUUCAACUAACUGCUCCUCGGACAAGGACUGCUCUGCGGGGUUCGUCGACGUGCGUGGGAACGGUGUGCAGACAGGUAAAUGUGUGAAUUUCUCCGACUCGGCCCGAACGUGUGAGGUCUUUGCAUGGUGUCCAGUAGAGACAGACUCGGAACCACCAAAUCCAGCAGUGCUGGCGAACGCUGAGAACUUCACAGUGCUCAUAAAAAACAGCAUCCAAUACCCCAAGUUCAGCUUUGGCAGACGGAACAUCCUGCCCGAUGUGAACACCUCCUACCUGAGAAACUGCAUAUUUGACCGUAAAAGGGACCCGCACUGCCCCAUCUUCAGGCUCGGGGACAUCGUCUCGGAGGCCAACGAGGACUUCCAGAGCAUGGCAGUGCAUGGUGGGGUGAUGGGAAUCCACAUCAGAUGGGACUGCGACCUGGACAUGCCAGAGAGCUGGUGCGUUCCCAAAUAUACCUUCCGGCGCUUGGACAACAAGGACCCCGACAACAACGUAGCCCCCGGGUACAACUUCAGGUUUGCUAAAUAUUACAAAGUGGCCGAUAACGUGGAAACCAGAACUCUGAUCAAGGGCUUCGGCAUCCGCUUUGAUGUCAUGGUUUUCGGCAAGGCUGGUAAAUUCAGCGUUGUGCCAACGCUGCUGAACAUCGGGGCAGGACUGGCACUCCUCGGCCUGGUCAAUGUUGUAUGUGACUGGGUUGUGCUGACGUUCAUGAAGAAGUCCAACCUGUACAAAGAACAGAAAUAUUCCUACGUGGACGACUAUGCGCUGGUUUCGGAAGAAAUGCCGUAACCGAAUUCUGCGGGAACCAUCUGCGUGGCCGAUGAUGGAGGACAAGUUCGGCAGCGAUCGAGGACCCAAUACUCAUAUUCCAUCCAUUCUUGCAGCACAGGGGCUACUCCAUCUACAGUGCAUUUCCCCUUUCUAGAUGUACUUUAACGGUCACCCGCUGUUCGACUGACUCGUUGUGUGGUCAUUCCCAGCCACGCUUCACAUUACUCUAGAAGUAAACAUUUUAAAUAAACAGUG